UCGAGUGGUCGAUCGCGAAACAAUUCGAAAAGGACAGAUGCAGUGAAAAACGCGAGCGAGAUAAAUGAAUUUUGUGCGCGUGAGUGUGUAAAACACCGGUAUCUAUAUAGUGCUCUGUCGAGAGGUUCCCAUUAAACGUUCUGGACGAGUAAUGUCUCGUUUUUUGUAUUCGUGUAAUUGCAGACGCGUUCUCGUACUACGUUCUCGUUACGUCGUCGGUUGCACCAUUUGCGUUGCAGUCGUGAACGAUUCCGAUCGUGUUGUUUAUCGUGAAAGUGUCGCGCGAGGGUUGUUUUGAAUAUCGUAAGUCGCAUCGUGCAUCGUUUCGAGCGUAGGAACGAAAAUGGAAUCGACCGAGCAAUUACGCCCGGAGCAAUUGGUGGGCCUGGUGGCCCGUUCCGCGGAGGGCACAGCAGCCAAGGGGAUGCCGAUCAAAGGCCACGAGGACCUGUGGGUGGAGAUUCAGGCGAACACGUUCAGGAACUGGGUGAACGAGCACCUAAAAGCCGCAGACGUUGCUGACGGGCCAGUGAUCGAUCUCGCGGAGGAUUUUCGCGAUGGUACGCGACUCUGCGCCCUCGUCGAGGUCCUCACCAAACGACGUCUGCCUCGAUGGAAUCCGAGACCGGCCAAUCAGCAUCAUCACUUGGAAAACGUAUCAACGGCUCUGCAGGCCAUCGAGGCUGAUGGCGUAAAACUCGUCAACAUCGGGAACGUGGACAUCGUGAAUGGAAAUUUGAAACUGAUCCUUGGUCUGAUAUGGUCGCUCAUUGUGAGGUACCAAAUAGGCAAGUCCAAGUUCCCGCCAAGGAAACUCAUGCUCGCAUGGCUCAAGGCAGUCCUCCCGGAAUGCAGAGUAAAUAAUUUCACGACGGACUGGAACUCCGGCGUGUACCUGAGCGCGUUGCUCGAUUAUUGCCAGCCUGGUCUGUUCACCCACUGGCGCCAGCUCGAUCCCAACGAUAGCGUGUACAAUUGCCGCAAAGCGAUGGAGAUCUCGAAGCGCGAAUUCGACAUACCCGUGGUAUUGGAACCAGAGUACCUUGCGUCGCCAUAUUUGGACGAACUAUCGGGAAUGACCUACUUGUCGUACUUCAUGAAGGAAGGUUCGCCGGGUUUCCAUGCCACGCUACGAUGGGUCAACUCUCAGUUAUCUCACCACUCUGUGCAGAAUUUCACGACCGAUUGGAACGACGGCACAGUGCUGUGCAGCAUCGUGAGGAAUUUGGGUGGACCAGCCCCAUCGUGCGACAAAAUCAACGCAGAUCCGUCCGCUUGGGAGCACAACAUACAGAUGGGUAUCGACGGCGGCAAGAAACUAGGCGUGGAGCCUAUACUCAAGGCGAAAGACAUGGCGGAUCAGAACGUCGAACAUUUGGGCGUGAUGGCGUACGCGGCGUACUUUCAGUGGGUGAAGCCUCGCCCUCAAGCUAGCAAACAAAUUGUUGUCCACAUCGACAGCACUUCCGCCAGAGUGCAGCAACCGGCGCAUUUCAAGUUAGAAAUGCUUACCAAAGAAGUAAACACGAGGGAAGUACGCGGCGAAGUCGUAAGUCCCAGCGGACGAACCGAAUGCAGGCUUACCUGGAACGGUGUUCACGGUAAAGGAACCUUCAUACCUACGGAAGUUGGAAUGCACAAGUUAAUGGUGUACAACGACGGAGAACUGGUAGAUGGAUGCCCCUACUAUUUUCGAGUUUUACCUCCCCUGACCAAAAUCAAAUCGCCCGGUAUGGAUCCGUGCGCUAUAGGAUCCAUCGUUGAGGUUCUAGUCAACAGUUACGGAACUAGUCAUGAUGGCAUUGAUGUCACUGCAUGGUCCCCGACCGGAAGAUCUCUGUCGUGCCCUGUCAAAGAGAACGAUGGUGUACACACCGCGACCUUUCAACCCGACGAGACAGGAGAAUGGAGCAUCGCGAUAACUCAUAAGGGGAACCAUAUACAAGGCGGACCAUUCACAUGCUUCGUAUUCGACCCUAAUGGAAUAAAGUUAUUGGACACGGAUGGCGCUAUGCCCGGGCAACCGUUUUCAUUCAUCGUCGACGCGACAGGAACUGGAGGCCUCGGCGACGUAAUAAUAGACUUGGUCCACGACAAGCAGUCUGUACUUUUCCGAAUGGAGGAUUUCGGACACAUGCAAUAUCGGGUCUCGUUCGUUCCUACCGACGCUGGAAAGUACAGAGUGUACGUGUACUUCAAUGGCUCCGACGUUCGAGGCUCCCCGUUCUCCAUUCGCGUGGGAACACAGAAAGGAUCGAGAAGAUCGAGGGAAUCGACGUCCAGCCUCGAGAGGUCCAAAUUAUCUUCCCUGGAGAGACGAAUGAACGGCUUGAACGUAUCGAUCGGCGCUGAUCGAUCCAGCCCUGUUCAGAAGGUCUAUUCCUCGUCCACUUACAAAUCGUCCUCGAGCCCGACUCAACACGCUCGCGAUUACUCGCCCGUGCACCAGAGCACCUCGACUUACAAGACAUCGAACAAUUAUUCGGUGGAGAACUCCAGCUCGACGUACCACGCGUCAACCUCGUUCAAUCGUACCCUAUCACCGAAUCACAGUCACAGUCCAGUCUCGCGGAACGUUCACAGUCCGUCCACGAUCAAGGAAACGAAGGAGAUCUAUUCGAGCACCGCGUACAAUCAGUCGAGGUCGCCGACCGUGCAAAGUCCAAGCCUCGUGAAAGAGUCGAAAGAUAUUUACACGACCAGUACGAUCAACACGUCGCGUUCACCGAAUCCGAGCCCUACUGCUCAUGGUUCGAGAUACUCCCCGAUUAUUAAAGAGUCCAGAGACAUCUACAAUUCUGGGUCGUUGAAGAGAUCUCGAUCACCGAAUCGUAGUCCUAUGACGUUCCGUAGUCCUACGCAAAGCCCUGUGAAUCGAAGCUUCAGCCCGAGGAACAGCGACAACAGAAGAGGUUCCGUGGACAAUGGAGCGGUGGACACCAGCAGCAACGUGAGAGUUUCGUCAAUGGUCGGUGGUACCUCCCGACGAGACUCUUGGGACGCCAUAGAGAAGACUAAAUCCUUACUAUCUUAUGGCAGUUUGGAGUCUCUUGCUAACUUGACCAAUAAUUCACCCACUGCUGAAAACACUAGUAACCAAAGUUAUUUAAAUAACAAUUACAAGAAUGGUCACAGCUACAAUUCAAGGAACACGUCCCAGACGCAAAGCAGCUCAUCCAACUUUGUGUCCACGCAGAGGGUUUCUAGCUCUGAUUACGGUGCAUCCCAGAAAUACAACAGCGACAAUCAUAAUGCUCGUACGCAGACACACGGCAUUCUUAAGAAUAAAAAUAACAAUUAUUACAAAAGCAUGGACACCACCGACGGGGUGCACGAUCGGUAUCUUAAUAAUGGGGUUUCUGUUUACUCGUCGACGCAAGACAAGAAUCACGGGCUCGUGACCGGAAGUGCGCUUGAAAUGUUACCGAUUCACAGGCCGACUACCUUCGCUAUAGAUCCAAACAUAGAUUCGAGCAAAGUUACCGUCAGUGUUUCUGGUCCAAAUGGAAAGCUAAUUCCCGUUCAAAAAUCGACCCUUCGAGGUCUAACGUACACGAUAACCGCUGAAGAAGUUGGUGAACACAUAAUACAAAUUUUAGUGAAUGGCCAGCACGUUCAAGGGUCUCCAUUCAGAUCGCAGGCGUACAAUGCUCGAUCGAUCCAAAUUGGGAACAUUCCGAAUGGCGUUGUAAAUCAACCAGUAGAAUUUGAAAUCGAUGGAUCUAGAGCUGGAUCCGGGAAUCUCGAGAUCCUCGUAAACGGCGGCCACGUGACGAGUUUUGUCAGAGCGUUGGGCAGCCAAAGAUUUCUGGCAUCAUUUGUGCCCCACGAAGCUGUUGUACACCUCGUGGAGAUGACAUUCAAUGGCGAAGUUGUCCCCGGAUCACCGUGGAGAGUGGGCAUCAUGCCAGCCCCAAAAAUGUCAGUAAUUGGGGACUCCAUAAGAUUGGUCCCUGCCGGUAGUCCUGCACUGUUCGAACUUUCCGCUCUUGGCUUUAACAGCAAUGAAAUUGACGUCCAAAUUAUAACGCCUUCUAAAAGACACAUACCAGCAAGAAUUGACGAAGAACCGGGACGCUCUGGAGAAUUUAGAGUUGAAUUUACUCCGACAGAAGUGGGCAGUCAUCUUGUGGAAGUGAGCAUCGCGGGACAAAAGCUACCGGCAGGACCUCUUGUCGCCAAGGUGUACAAUAGCAGUUUAAUUCAAGUUACCGAUGUACCCAGUGCUGUUGUAGGACAUGCCUGCCAAUUUAGAGUCGAUGCUAGUGCUGCUGGCGAAGGACAGCUUGAAAUCUCAAUAAACGAAGGAGAGGUACCCAAUCACGUUCAAGUAGUAGGAGGCGGACGUUGUCUUGUCUCUUUCACGCCUGAAAUUGCUAAACCACACUACAUAGAUAUAAAGUUCAACGGAGAAGCAGUAAAAGGAUGCCCCUUUAUUUGCAACGUUUCCGACACAAGCAGAGUAACGUUAAGUUUAAAUCAUCUGGAAUUAAUUCCAGUCGAUCAGCCUGCUAGCUUUCACAUGGGAGUUGAUGGUAGCGGUAGCGCGGAGCUCGCAGUUUCUGUACGAGGACCAAACAACGAAUUGCCCGUUAAAGUAACGGGCGAUAUAAAGAGUGGUUUCACGGCAGAAUUCAUUCCAAGAGACGUUGGCAUUCAUUCGAUCAGCGUCGAGUAUAAUGGGCAUCCUGUGAAUGGCACACCGUUCUUAGCUAAGGCGUUCAACGCGGACAAAGUGUUAAUCGGUCCUGUAGCUAGGGGUAGUGUUGGCCAGCCAACACACUUCUCCGUCGACGCGAGUCAAGCUGGCGAAGGAAAUUUAGAAAUCACGAUAUCGGCACGUAGCCAGAAUAUACCUACUCAAGUGACGCCACAGGGGAACGCACGAUUUUCGGUCAGCUUCGUACCAUUCGAGGCGUGCGAGCACAUAAUUAAUAUCGCCUUUAACAAACGAACCGUGCCAGGCUGUCCGAUCGUGACUCGGGUAGGUGGUGAUAGUCAUGUAACAGUGAGUGGGCAGGCAUUAAGCAGUGCUGGAUUAGGAAGGCAAAGCUAUCUUACAGUCAGUAACGUUGCCGGUAGCUUGGAGGAUUUAGAAGUAAACGUUGAAGGACCCAAUGGACAGGCUGUACCCGCUCAAGUGACUGACAACAAAGACACGACCUGCAGCGUGGCAUUUACGCCGAGAGUAGUCGGGGAGCAUAGAAUUUCGGUAAGCCAUCGGAAUGUUGCCGUGGUUGGCAGUCCAUUUAGCUGCAAAGUGUAUGACGUGACUGCCAUCAAAGUAAAGGAUGCUAAACACGGUGUAAUAGGAAUGCCUGUAACUUUCUUAGUUGAAACUAGUCAAGCAGGACCGGGAAACUUGGAAGUGACUGUAAAUGGUGGCCGUGUGCCCACGUCCGCUCAAGCACAGGGCCCGCACACGUACGCGAUAUCGUUUACACCUCGAGAGCCAAUUGUACAUACCGUGGACUUACGAUUUAAUGGGGAGGAUGUACCUGGUAGUCCUUUCAGCUGUCAGGUUAGUGACACGGCAAAGGUAAUAAUAACCGAGGGACUCGAGAAAGUGUCUGUGAAUCGCCUGACAACGUUCGCGAUAGAAGCAGAUCCUUCCUUAGGGACACCUAUAGUGGAAGUUCUUUCGCCCACUAGAGAAAGUUUAUCGGUUCAUGUUAAACAGAACGGGCAUGGAAGUUACACCGCAGGUUUCACCCCAAAAGAUGUUGGCGACCAUAGCGUUGAAGUGAAAUUAAGUGGAUCGCACGUGGAGGGUAGCCCAUUUUUAGUAAAAGCUUACAAUGCGGAUAAAGUAAAGGUGACAGAUAUAAAUAGCGGCGUAGUUGGAAAACCAGUUUUCUUCAGUAUUAAUGCUAGCCAAGCAGGUGCUGGUAAUCUUGAGAUCAUCGUUGCUGUAAAUGGUAAAAACGUACCAAAUUAUGUACAAAGCGAAGGGAAUGCAAAGUUCAGAGUAAAUUUCAAGCCUCAAGAAGCUGCUGUGCACAGUCUCAGCGUUCGUUUCAACGGAGAACCUGUUCCGGGUUCGCCGUUUAGCUGUAAAGUAGUCGGCGCGGGGCAAGCAGCAAUCAUAGGUCAUCAUUUAAAAAUGGGAGCCGUGAAGCAGCUGAUUUCCUUCACGGUAGAUCCACAAGCUCCUUCGACGAAUUGCGACGUGAUCGUAAUGCCGCCAUCUAGUAUAUCGCUCCCUAUUACGAUAGAACCCAUAGAUGGAAAAUAUAACAUCAGUUUUGUGCCUAUGGAGGUAGGCAGACAUAACAUCAGCGUGUUAGUGGACAAUGAACAUGUGAAAGGAUCUCCGUACGCUUGCAAUAUUUAUGAUGUCACGAAGGUUCACGUGUCGGGUCUUACGGAAGCGUUGUUGGGCCAAGCAACAACUUUUACAGUCGAUGCUGCAGAAGCUGGUGAAGGAACGUUGGAAUUGGUAGUGAGCACGGAAAAUAACACCGUUAAAGCUGAAGUAGUCGCCUGUGCUCGUGGAUUGUACGACGUAACGUUCGUUCCACAGACUACUAGCACCCAUUAUGUUAAUAUUAGUUUCAACGAUGACAAUGUACCAGGGAGUCCAUUUAAAUGUCCUGUAGUCAGUACUAUGUUAGACGGACCAUCUAUGAUUCGAGUUGGCAAUACAGCUUACAUGGAUUUAGAAAUGCCAGGAUUGGAAGGUCCCGUAUCUGCGGAAGUUACAGGGCCCGAUGGUAUAAUUAUCCCAUGCACUUUGACGAAAUUAUCGUCCAAUUUGUAUCGAGUAGAAAUCCGAACGCGACAGGUUGGAACUUACAGCGUAAUUUUCAGCGACGGUCACAAAAUGAUAAGUUCCCAAACACUCCAAGCUUUCGAUCCUGGGAAAGUUACGAUCAAAGAGGUAUCAGACGUAGUUUGCCAUCGACCUGGAAGUAUUAUAGUGGUUGCAUCGAAGGAAGCCGGGCCUGGAAAACUGGCAGUGAAUGUGCGCGCUGCUGGAGCCGACGUCGAUAGCGUGGUCAGGGAAGGAGACAAUGGUCUUUAUGAAAUAAUUUUUCAUCCAACACGAGCAGCUCCUCAUAGAGUCCACAUGAAGUACAACGAAGUUCACAUUUCGGGCAGUCCAUUAGACGUAACUGUUCGCAGCCCUACUGGGGGACGGGAAGUAACUGCCACGGGUUUAGGGUUAUAUCAAUCGUGUGUCGGGAAAGUGACCUCGUUCACCAUCGAAACAUUAGGUCGCCCUGGUAAAGAAUUUGACGUCGUGAUCAGCGGACCACAAGGCAACGCGGUUCCAGUUCGAUGUUACCAACAUCGAGAUGGAAAUUUGCUCGCUGAAUUUACAACAAACACUAUUGGAACAUACAAGAUCGAUGUUCUGCAUGGUGCGAAACCCGUGCUGGGUUCACCUUUUUUCUGUCAAGCUUUCGACGUCUCCAAAGUGAAAUUGCAAGAAUUGGGUCCGAUGACCGUGUCUGUACACGAUCAUAUCGCAUUUAAAAUAAUGAAGACAGAUGCUGGAAUGGCGGAUCUGGAUGUAACAGCAACAAGUCCACUGGGUCAGGAACUUCCGUUACAAGUUACUCCGCUCAACGAUGGAGCUGAGAUGGUGGAAUUCUCUCCUAGCGUACCCGGUACUUAUAUGAUGAACAUCACAUAUGGAGGAUGUCCCAUACCCGGUAGUCCAGUAGUGUGCACGGUGGAUGCAGCUGGGCAAGCUCGUGCAAAGGGAGAAGGUUUGCUAAGCGGUCAUGUAGAUAAGGCAGCACAUUUUAUCGUCACUGGCACAAGAAGUCCUCCGGCGGUCCAGGUGGAUGGUCCGGACAGUGUUUCGAAAGCGAUCAUCGAAGCUGGGGCCAAUCCGGGUACUUGGAACGUGUCUUACGUUCCAUCCGAGGUUGGCGUGUUCGAUAUCAGAGUUGUCUCGGCUGGACAACAGCUUCCUGGAUCUCCCUGGCAUCCGAAAAUCAUCGAUACACGAAAUCUUCGCGUGAUCGGUGGUUGGCCAGCUGUAUGCGACGAUAUUGGAAGGUUGAAGUUACACCCAACGAAUAAAAUCAGUUUCGACACUGCUGAUGCAGGACCGGGUGAACUCACUGGGAAAAUAGGCGAUCAGCCGUUAUCUUUCGAAAUGACUUCCAACAAUAGACUGAAGCUCAUUCCGCCGCAUAUCAACGGUGGAGAGCACCGCUUAGAAAUAUUAUUCAAUGGGACAUCAUUCCCAGGAGCCCCAAAGCUAGCAAUAGUUCAAGAUUUAGAGCCACCAGUACAAGACACGAGUCGAGUAUUAUUAAGAGGAAGAGGAUUAACAUCUGCCAAGUGCGGAGAAGAAGUCAGUUUCACAAUAGACGGCUCUCAAGCUGGCAACGGAACGCCCAAAGUCCAACUUUUUUCACCAACUAAUGAGCUCAACGUAAUGUUACAACAUUUAGGGGACAGUGUCUAUCGUGCAAGUUACAUACCGCUGACCCCGGACCCCCUUUUAAUGACCGUCUCGUGGAACGGAAGACAACUGAAAGGGUGCCCCUUGCAAAUAAACGUAACGAGCGCGGCAGACGCUUCGCGAGUUAUUUGCUCGGGGGAUGGACUGAAAAACGGUAUAGUUGGACAGGAAAUAAGAAGUUUCAUCGACACGAGACGCGCGGGACCUGGCGAGCUUACGGCGCACUGCGUCGGACCUCACAAAGUGGCUUACUGCGAAUUGUACGAUCACGGCGAUGCUACUUUCACGCUAAACGUGAAACCUCAGGAGGCCGGACGUCAUGCGUUGACGAUCAAGUAUGCUGGAGAACAUGUUCCGGGUUCGCCUUUCACGUUGCGUGUUUCCGGUGCCCCGGAUGCCUCCAAGGUUAGAGUGUAUGGGCCAGGAAUCGAACAUGGCGUACUGGCAACGUUUCAGUCGCGCUUCAUUUGCGACACGCGUGGCGCUGGUGCUGGUCAGCUCACGGUAAGAGUACGCGGUCCCAAGGGAGCGUUCAGAGUAGAGAUGCAGAGAGAAACACAAAAGGAUCGGAUAAUACUUUGUCGAUACGAUCCAACGGAACCGGGCGAUUAUAGAGUCGAAGUUCGCUGGGCAGGCGUUCUGGUACCUGGUUCUCCGUUCCCCGUUAAAAUCGUCGACACGCAAGACGAAUUAUUAAUGUUAACGCAGGGUGGAGACAAUUACUCAACGGGACAUCAUACCAUCGCGUCAUGGCGUGGAUCACAAGCUAUAUUGUAAGAAUAUUGCAUAUAAAGUUGUUAUUUUGUACGGACUAAUAAUAUAUUUUGAUAAUAUAU